GGAAGCGCGAACAUUUAAAUAAAAAAUAAUAAAUUCGAGUUUUUUAUAUUAUGUAAUUUUUUUCUCCAAAAUCACUUUAAUUUGAUAUUCUUUAUCCUUGUAUAUUGAAUUUGAUCCCUUCAGAUGUAAAUAAAUAAAAAAAAAUCCUCCCACUUUUCUAAUUCUUUAUGAACUCUUGCUGCAAUAAUAGAUGCACUAUGUUUAAAAUAUCAUAUAAUAAUUAUCUAUUAUUUAUUGAGUUUUAUUUAUUGUAUAAAUUUAAAAAUUAUCAUAAUUCAAAUAUUGCCGGCCGACGGCAGCCAUUGUGGUUUUCUUUCUCGUUUCAUGGCGUGUCUUGAAAACACGUGUUUUAUUUCAGUCUUGAGUUUGACAUAACAAUUUCGAAGUUUUUAGUGCUAAAAUAUUGUUGAUAGUGGAAAUGGCGAACGAAAAAAUGAAUACUGAUGCAACCAUGCAGUCGGCAACAGAAAAUAAAACCUCGAAAAGAAGGCACACAAGUGAAAGCCAAAUGGAGGUUGACAUAGUAAAUGGCAUUGAAGGAAAAGUCAAAAACAAAUCUUCAUCAAAGAGAGUAAAGAAUGUUGAAGGAACUGAAGUUCGUAAAAUACCAGUACCAGCUCACAGGUACACACCACUAAAAGAGAAUUGGAUGAAAAUUUUCACACCCGUUGUUGAGCAUCUACAGUUACAAAUUCGUUUUAAUUUGAAAACAAGAAAUGUUGAACUCCGAACUGCACCUGAAACUCCAGAUAUUGCCAACCUUCAAAAAGGAGCAGACUUUGUCAAAGCGUUCAUUUAUGGUUUUGAAGUUGAAGAUGCACUGGCUCUGCUGCGUUUGGAUGAUCUCUUUGUUGAAUCUUUCGAAAUUCACGAUGUCAAGCCUUUGAAAGGUGAUCACUUAUCAAGAGCUAUUGGAAGAUUGGCAGGAAAAGGUGGAAGAACGAAAUUCACAAUAGAAAACGUCACAAAGACGCGAAUCGUCUUAGCAGACACAAAAAUUCACAUCCUUGGUUCAUUCCAAAACAUUCAGCUAGCGAGAAGAUCUAUUUGUAAUUUGAUUCUUGGAAGCCCACCAUCUAAAGUUUAUGGUCAAUUAAGAAAUAUGGCUGGAAGGAUGGCAGAAAGAUUUUAGACUAUUUACAAUUCACAAUAAAUUUAAGUUUGUUAUUAGAUUAAUUAAAGAUUAUGAAAACUUCGCAAAUUAUGUAACUUAAGAUUAAAUAAAACAUUGUGUUAAUAUUAAAUAAUGUAUUACUUUCAAGAUACGAUGUAUGAAAAAAUAUUUUAUACUUAAAAUAAGUAUUUUGCAAAAAAGAAAAAGUUUGAAUUACUAACUAUGAACUUAAUUGACUGUUGAUAUUGGUUUAAAAGUAAUUCUUGCAAAAAUAAAUAGACUCCAUUAAAAAUUCAA